CCGAGAGGUGGCCGCUCCCUGCUGGCCCCUCUUCUCGGCCCCUUGACCCUCGGACGCUGAGAGCCAUGGCCCUACCGCUGCUGCCUGGCAACAAUUUCAGCCGCAACUUGAGGAAACUGAGGCAUGGAGAAAUGAAUCACUCCCUGAAUGGCCAGAGUUACAAAGCUUCAGUGUGAAAUUGGGUUUCUCCCAGGCAACCUGUCUCCACAGCCCAGGUGCCUAGUCAUUGUCCUUGAAAGCCCGUGUGGAAGAAAGAAAUAGAGUUGCUGUUACUAAAGCAAAGAAACCUGGGCCCCUGGAGGCUGUUGAGGCUGAGAGGAAACCAGGGUUCCACCAGUCUGUAAAGUUCUGUCCUAAGCUUUAUAGAGUGAAGCCUCCAAACUUGGAGUUUUUUCCUCGCUGAAGACUGAGAGGAGCUUAUUUCAAAAGAAGAUGAAAUUACAAAACAACACAACACGACAACACAAAAAACCCUGAGCACCGAAGAAUCUUGUCUGUAAUAAAUAGCCCCUUAUUUAAACAACAGCAGAAAAGUGAUUCGUGUUUUCCUGUACACUGUUCACCACAUUUUCCUGGGGGUUGCAGUUGCAUCUCCAGAAGAAGGUGGGAAAGGAGAAGUUCCACAAAUCUCAACAUUGGGGCUUUUGCAACAAUGUGAGCAUGCUGGUGAGUGAAGAUAAACCUGGAAUUGGUGGAGAACUGCUUUUCGGGCAAAAGAUGAAGCCUAAAUAUAGUGCAUUUCCUAAAGGAAUCGGAAGUGAUGUGCCAUCCUGGGUAGCUUUCGAUAAGCAGGUCCUCUUCUCCGAAGACUCUGGUACUUCGUGUUCCUCUGUGAUGAGGUGUUUUAUCUGGGUAUUAUCUUUUGAUGCCUAUUUAGAAGAUGAAGUACCUGAUAAAAGCCAAGAAAACUACAGAAUAAGACGCUAUAAAAUCUACUUCUACCUUGAAGAUGACACAAUUCAAGUAAAUGAACCAGAGUUGAAAAAUAGUGGAAUGCCUCAAGGGACUUUCAUCCGGCGUCAUCGGAUUUCACUCCCUCCUCCUGAUGAAGAUCAGUUUUAUACUGUGCAUCAUUUCAAUAUCAACAUAGACAUCAUCUUCUAUGGCCGGACAUUCAAGAUUUAUGACUGUGAUACGUUCACAAAAAACUUUUUGAGGAAAAUGGGAGUCAAGUUAAACCCCCCGGGACAGUGUCCAGAAGAUCCUUACAUGAAGUUACGGAAAGAGACUCUAGACUGCAUGGACCCCUUUCGUCCCUAUGAGUCCUUUGACACCCUGAAACAGUUCCUUGAAUACGAUAGGAAGGUGUUACGUUUUUUCUGCCUGUGGGACGACUCCGCCUCGCUGUUUGGGGACCGUAGGGAACUCAUUCUGCAUUACUUUCUGUCUGAUGAUACCAUUGAAGUCAAAGAAGUGAUACCACACAACUCAGGCCGGGAUGCUAUGUCAUUGUUCCUCCAGAGAAGAAAGCUCCCUAAGUACGGCCCACCUGGAGUCUAUCAGCCAGGCCAAAUAACAGAUCGAACAGUUCUUAAUGUGUACAGUGGCUUGGGAGAGAACCGAGUCAAAGGCUACCUGUUGGAUAAAUACAAGCUAGGAAAAGUAGAUCAAGAGUUUUACAAAGAUGAUGACCUGUUCAUAGGAGCCACCAUCAACGUGUGGGGAAGGAAAGUGCUGCUUUGUGACUGUGAUGAAUUCACGAAGACUUAUUAUAAGACAAAAUAUGGAAUUGAGAACUUCACCUCGAUUCUGUGCAAGGCUCCACCUCCUCCAAAAAUAGAAAGGAAAUUUCCACCUUAUACCGGCUUUGGUUCUGAAGAAGAUUCUCUACGCUCCUGCAUAGGCCUCAGGCCCACACCUCAUCAGAAGAACUUCAGGAAGUUUGUGGAAAAAGACAGCUAUGGCAACAUAAGCAAUAUCCUCCGGUUUUUUGCAAAACUCUUCACACACAAAUGUGCAGAUGUGGACAGGUUAUUUGUUAUUUCGUACUUUCUCAGUGAUGACACGAUUUCAAUAUUUGAACCUAUUGAGAGUAAUUCAGGGAUUACUGGCGGGAAGUUCUUGAAAAGAACUCGUGUUAAGAAGCCUGGGCAAGAGGUCUUUAAAAGUGAACUAUCAGAAUAUAUCAAGGCCGAGGAACUGUAUAUCGGAGCCAAAGUGAACGUGAAUGGCUACCUGUUUCUUUUGCUCAAUGCUGACAAGUACACCUUAAACUUCAUGGAAGCGAACUCAGAUAAGUUUCCCAUGAGCAGCAUUGAACUUAUCCUACAAAAGCUGAAAGAAGAAGAAUCAAAAUCCAGAGAGCUCAAGCAGGUUCUUAGAGCUGCUGACUCUAGGCUCACGAAGAUGGUGGAUUACAAUACAUUCAGAGACAUAAUAAUGAGUCUGACUGUUGGGAAACUCACAGACCAUGAAGUUAUAACCCUUGCCCGUCACUACCAGGUGCCCGAGGACACGAAGCCUGAUAUGAAUGUCCUAAUUGCACGGGCCCAUGAACAGCUCAAGAAAAACGCUUUUGAGAAUUUUGAAAGACUCAAUGCUAUUUGUGUCUACCAAGACCGAGAAAAAAAAAAAGUAUUACCCAGCAAAUACAUCAGAAGGCUGUGCAAGUCCUCCAGGUUACCUUUGACCGAUGAUCUUCUGGCAUCCAUACUGUCUCGAUUUGAAGACAGUAAAGAACAAAUAGAUUAUGAGUCACUUUUCUGCACCCUGAACUGGAGAAUGAAUCCAGUGCCCGAAUUGGAAGCACCGUCGUACUUGAAAGAGACGUCAAAUCAUGAUUUCUUGCUCAAAAACAAGACACUUUUGCUGCCUAAUGAAGAAGCUCUGAGGGAAGGACCUUCUAGAACUGGCCUGUUUCAUAAAAGAAUCCAUUCCCCCGAUAAUUUCUUUGCACUGAUAGGAGUUGCAUAAUGUAUUUUAUUCUUU